GAAGCGGUAAAACUUCGAACGGAAUCCGCUGAAGAAUACAAUAUAUUACGAGAAGAAUUCAACAAUUUGGACAGUUUACGCAUUAAACUGGACAUGGAAAGUGCAAAACUGGAGGGUCAAUCGGCCAAGAAAUACAGGAAGAUCUAUGAUACUCAGACGCAGUACGAUGCCGUUAAUUCACAACUGGAAUUGAAGCAACAGCAAGCGGCGGAGUUGUCACUAGCAAGAACCGAGAUGGAAGUAAAUAUGAAUCAUUUGACGAGUGAACGUGUCCAGCUGCACGACCGUUUGAAGCGUGAAACACGGGAACGGGACGAACUGGUCCAAAAGAAUCGCAAAAUUGAGCACACUUUACAGGCCACCAGAGAUAUGGUCAAAUUUGCCAAAAUACAGCGUGCCGAAAGAAAGACAGCUUGUACAAAUUUGAAAAUGCAAGGAUUGGAAAAAGAACUGGAAGCGAAGAAAAAGAAACUCCUCGUUGAAGUUGUCGCGUUACAGGGCAACGUUCUGAAGCAGUCCGGCUUGUCCGAGGCGGAACAGGCUCGAGUUCGGCACAUUCUGGCUGAGCAGAAUCAGAUGAAUCUGGAAUUGUGUGAUUUGCGUGUAGAGGUGGUCGAAUUGUCCCGUUUGGCCACCAUCAAAUCGGACGAACGGGAACAGAAGGCACGCGAUUUUCGCACUGCCAAUUCCCGAUACACUCGGAUUUUGGACGAGAUUAAAACAAAGAAAUUACAAAUUCAGGAAUAUGAAAAAUCGUUGCGGGAAACAUUGCGUCGCUCACGAGAUUUUGCCGCAUUGUAUGAUGCGAUCAAAGAAGAACGAAGCAAUUGUCUCUCGCUGAUCCAACUGGCUCAGCAACGUAUGAAAGAGAUGGAGGAGAAGAUGCGCAUUUGUGUGAACGAGGUGCAAAUUUUGCGUGAGACAUUUGCACAGAAAAAUGAACAAAUCGGUCGACAACGAUCGCGAUACAAAAUCUCCGUGUCGGAUCGGGACAUGUUGCGCAGUGAACUUUCGAAAUACGACGUUUUGGAACGCGAACUGGGAAGCAGAAGAGAGCAACUGACCAUGGAAGUUGAUUCGCAGAAUCGAAUUAUUGCCAAAAAUAAACAAGCUAUGUUGCAACUGAAAGAAGACAUGAGUCGAGUGUUGCGAUUGCGUAACAAUCGGGCAGUUCAAUUAAUCGAACGAAAUGAGGAACUUUGUGUGCUACAAGAAAAACUGCGCAUUCAAGAACAGACCGAGAUCAGAGGAGAAGCUGAAUUGGAAAAUCUGGAAGAACAAAUCCGAUGGCUUGAGCAAGAAAAGAAAGAUCUUCAAAGGUCUAUACAAUUGUACCAGAAGAAAGUGAUCCAUCGACGUGAACUGGAAGAUGAAUUGACUAGCCGGCAAAUUCAAUUCGCCGUGUGCAAAGAUCACGUGACCCGUUUAGAAAAGGCAGUGGUGGAUCCGACCGGACCGGUUAUUGAUCCGGAAACUGGGGAACCGGCUUGUCUGGAUCUAGUUCAAGCAAGAGAACUGAACGGUAAAGAUCCGGAUCCGGCCGAAUUACGCCUGAAAAUUGACUCGAUCCAGUGUCAACUAUUGGCCAAGGAACACAAAUUGUUAGAGUUUGAUAUGCUUCUGGAAUCGAUCAAUCGUUUGGUGGAGAAACUUGAAAGCAGGACUAUUGUGGAUAAGGAUGUUACACUACAAUUAGCGAAAAAAAUGAACGCGCAUCAUACCGAGGUGAACCAGACCACGAAACAAUUGAAAUCUCGCACGGCCGAAAUGACCAUGCUCAUGGCAAUCGCGAUAAAACUGGAACAAAAAGUCCAGGAAAGACGUACUCAGUUGACACAGUGUCACGAACGCAUGAAAAUCAAUGAAGUUCCUUGUGAAGAGUUUGUGAAAGCUUGGAACCGAUACGAGAGGCGAAAAAAUCAAAAACCGCUCCCAAUCUGGGAAGAGUAUGUCUAUGAAGACAAUUGGACGACAGCAGACGAGCGACCCAAUGCCUAUCUACCUCAACUGGUAUCCGCCACCACUCCACCAAACACGGAAGGACUAGAGCAAAGAGCUCUGGUUUUGCAUGCCACUCAUGGCCCCAUUCCUUUUGGUGCGCAUGCGCCAUUCCACCCAACUGGCCCCAGUGCCAAUAUGCGUCAUUUUCGUAAACCAAAACUACCCGAACUUGAGGCAACAGUUGCGCAAAAAUGA